AUGUCCUCGAGCAACCAAGAUAAGGCUCCAUUGCCUUUCAUCUACCAAUUCAUCGCUGGUGCUGUGGCAGGAGUCUCUGAAAUCCUAGUAAUGUACCCACUAGAUGUUGUAAAGACUAGAAUGCAGCUUCAGGUUAGUGGUGCUAACGAGCCUCCACGCUAUACUGGUGUGAUCGACUGUAUGAAGAAAAUUAUUGCUAAGGAGGGACCUACACGUUUAUAUAAAGGCAUUUCAUCUCCCAUUUUGAUGGAAGCACCAAAGAGAGCCACCAAGUUCGCCUGUAAUGAUGAAUUUCAAAAGAUUUACAAAAACCUGUUUGGUGUGGACAAACUUUCCCAGCCGCUAUCAAUGUUAGCAGGUGCUUCGGCCGGGUGCGCCGAAGCGUUUGUCGUUGUUCCCUUUGAGUUAGUGAAAAUUAGGCUACAGGACGUUUCAUCUAAGUUUAAAGGCCCUAUAGAUGUUGUUUCACAUAUUAUUCGGAAAGAAGGGCCAUUGGCCAUGUAUAAUGGGUUGGAAUCAACUCUCUGGAGACAUGCUAUCUGGAAUGGUGGUUACUUUGGUGUGAUUUUCCAAGUUAGACAAAUGCUUCCAAAGGCAGAAACCAAAAUGCAGCAAACCAGGAAUGAUUUGAUCGCAGGUACGAUUGGUGGGACUGUGGGAUCAUUGCUGUCUACGCCUUUUGACGUUGUUAAGUCUAGAAUUCAGAAUACCGCCGUUGUAUCAGGUGUUACUAGAAAGUACAACUGGUCUUGUCCAUCACUUGUCACUAUAUACAAAGAAGAGGGGUUUAAAGCAUUAUACAAGGGCUUCGUUCCAAAAGUUCUAAGAUUAGGACCUGGAGGUGGUAUCUUACUAGUUGUCUUCACCGGUGUACUAGAUUUCUUUAGAGAAGCACGUGCAACCUAA